CAAACAACAAAAUUCGAGUAAAAGCCACCAAAAAGACAGACAAAGAGAGUAAAGUUUUGAUUGAAAUUUUCACUGUGCUUUCAUCCAUUCGGGAUUGUGUAAAUUUCUGAUUAACGAACAAGACACCAUCAACACAGAAAAAGUGCGGCGCGUAACGUAAAAUAAUAUUUCCCGAAAGGAUUCCAAUUAACUCCAUUUGAUCCAGCGUAACAUUGGCGUCAAAUAUCAAAUAUCGCAGAACUUCUCUAAUCGAGCAACAAAUCAGUUGGCAGUUCGGGUUACGCUUUCUUUGUCAUGACAGUUCGGGCCUACAUUUUGCUAUAUUUUUUAUUGUUUAUGCACAGCAAGAUCGCCGCCUGCGGUUCUCCCAGCCAUAAACACACCUAACUGAUAGCCGUUACACAAAAUUGAGCCGUGAACACUGAGAUUCAAGUGCGAGUGAGUCGUGCAGCAAAAGUCAAAGUCAGCAGGCAGUAAGCAGUCAGCCCCACCUAACGUCCACACAAAACAGCCCGAGAACUCGGGUCGUUGACAAAGUAACGCAUUUAGUGAUAAGGACGAAACGACUUGCUGGCAAAAUGAGCAGCCAAAACAGGAGCCAAAGGAGCGUGAGCAGGAGCAGGAGGAGCAGCAGCAGCGGGAGCAGCACGGAGAUGGCCCAACUAUUGCUCCUUAUCGGCAUCGUAGUCGCAUCUUGUUUGCCGGGAAUCGAGGGAUUUCAGCGAUUCUCGGAGCAGCCCAAAUACACGGAGGUGAAUCCCGCCGAGGACACGCUGCUCACAUGCAAAGUUAUCGACAAGCGUGGCACGUGCUCCUGGCAAAAGGAUAACAAGCCCGUUGGCAUCUACACAAAGAAAUACGAAUGGGCCUCACGUAUGCCGACGAGCGACAAUGGCAAUGUCCUGCAUCUGGACCUCCAUCCGCCGCCGGUGCAGCUCGGUGGCGACUGCUCCCUGUGGAUCCGCUCCGCCACCCUGGACUUCGACGACGGACUGUGGGAGUGCCAAGUGACGGCCAGUGACUUCACCACCCAGGAUGCGCUCACCAGCCAGCCGGUGCGCCUGGUUGUACGUGUGGCGCCACAGCGGCCGAGGCUCGAGUACGAGGCGGUCCACGUGCCGCCAGGACACAACAUCACCGCAGACGCCGGCGCCCUGGCGACGGUCAAGUGCAUCUCGCAUUACGGCAAUCCGCCGGCAACUCUCAAAUGGUUUUUGGGCGACCAGGAGAUCUCGCCCAUCCACCCGCAAAUGAACGCCACCGAGCCGGAUAAUCCACGCACCUGGUCGGCCACUUCGGUGGUGCAGGUGUCGGCGAUGCGGGAGCGCCACGGCGAUAUACUGCGGUGCGCCGCCUACCACGAGUCCUACACGGCCAAAUCGGUGGUGGUGGAGGCCAGGCUGGACGUGAAAUACGCGCCGAGCAUCCGUCUAAUUGGCUCACCGGAAAUCGACUUGGAGGAGGACAAGGAUGCCCUGGUCCUGCGCUGCGUGGCCGAUGCCAAUCCGCCGGCCAGCAUCGUCUGGCGGCGGGCAGGACGCUCCGAGAUAGCCAGCUUGCAGGAAACUCUGCAAUUGCGUCCCGUCGGGCGGCGCGAUGCCGGAUUGUACACCUGCCAGGCACAGAACUCGGUGGGCACCUCGGAGCAGCUGUCGGUGCAGUUGGAUGUGAAAUAUCCCCCCAAAAUUAUUUCAGCUGGUCCGGAUCGCCUUACCACCGCCCCGCUCUUUAGUCCAGCAGCCUUUGAGUGCCUGGCUGAUGGUAAUCCCCUGCCAUCCUUCAAAUGGGUACAGAGAAUGGCCCAUGGAUCCAAGUACGUGGAGCGGGGCUCCGAGUCCAGAUUGGUCAUCGACAACGUCACCUACGAGUACCAGGGCGAGUACGAGUGCCGGGCCACCAGCUACAUCAAUGGCCAGGAGCGGGUGGCCAUAUCCGAUCCGGUGUCGCUGCAAGUUGUGGGUGCCCCGCAGGUCCUGCGACUGCAUCCCUCCCUGCACACCGUCUCCGUGAAGCGAGGAGAGGCGGCCAGCCUGACAAUGGUCGUCUGUGCGGAUCCGCGGCCACAACGCGUCGCCUGGGAGUGGGGAUCCCUGCGUCUGGAGGCCGGCUCGGGCAUCGAUCGCUUCCGGGCCGAUGACAUGCAGCCGGACACGCGGGAGGACUGCUACCUGUCCACCCUGCACAUCCUGCACGCGGACGAGCACGACUCCAGGCCCUACUACUUGGUGGUGGAGAACGAGCGGGGCACCGAUCGUCAUGCCAUACACCUGAUUGUGGAGGGUACGUUUGCAGAACCCUACGAGAUGAGCUAUCUAAUGGGCGUGGCCGGGGGCUGCAUGGCCGCCAUCCUUUUGCUGGUUUGCCUCUGCAUCUAUGCGAUCAAGAGCAAGAGAUGCUGCUUCAAGGGUUCCACGGGCUAUAAAUCAUCGGAUAAAGACAGCGAGAAAGCUGAUUUGAAAUCACGCUCGGAUAGCACGAGUGGCCCUCAAGGUGAUUCGAUUUACACCACGCCGGCGGGCUUCCAUCAUCACCAGCAGCAGCAGCAGCAACAACAGCAGCAGCAGCAACAGCAGCAGCAACACGCAGCAGCAGCAGCAGCCGCUGCCCUACAUGCCGCAUCCCAGCAUCCGCAGCAACAGUACCCGGGACACGGAUCGCCGGAGGCAAUGAAGUUGAAGGUCAGAAUAUACGAAACCGAGCGUUUGCAGACGCCUAUUAGAAUUCAAAUAUCGAAGUCGAGCCAAGAACUGGCUGGGUCCGAAGAUGAGGACGAAGAUUCUUGAUCCAAGUCGAAACGAUUUUCGUUGGGCCCCCAAUUAAAUGCAAUGUAUAAAUGUAUGCACCUUGUAUUAAUUUAUUUUUAUGUACAAUAAAUUUAUCUUAAAUUAA